AUGGGUGGAGGCCACGCUGGAGGUGCAAGCCCUUACGCUGCAAAAUUCCGCCAAGGUCUGCAAGGCCAGUCAGGAUGGGCUGGGCUUGUCCAUAAUCGCAAAAUUUUCGCUAAUGCAGUCUUCGCUUCUCUUGGUGGUUUGCUAUAUGGUUAUAAUCAGGGCGUGUUUUCCGGCGUCCUGAGUAUGUAUUCGUUCGACCAGCGUAUGGCGGCCGCCGUCGGCAGUCCAGGAACGAAGGGUUGGCUUGUGUCUAUCCUCGAACUUGGAGCUUGGUUCGGUGUUCUGUCUACCGGGUACUUGGCUGACAAACUCUCUCGCAAAUACUCCAUUGUGCUUGCCGUAUGUGUAUUCUGCGUUGGUGUCAUCGUCCAAACUGCGGCAUUCCAGGCCUCGUCAAUAUAUGGCGGGCGUUUCAUCACUGGUCUUGGUGUCGGAUCGCUCAGUAUGGCGGUGCCUCUGUACAACGCCGAAAUUUCCCCUCCUGAAGUUCGCGGUAGUCUGGUCGCUCUUCAGCAACUUGCUAUCACCCUCGGGAUUUUGGUCUCGUUCUGGAUUGACUACGGUACCAACUAUAUUGGUGGUACGGGAAGCGGGCAGAGCGAGAUUGCAUGGCGCGUUCCAUUGGGCAUGCAGCUCGUUCCUGCUAUCAUUCUAGGUGUUGGUAUUCUUUUCAUGCCUUUCUCCCCAAGGCAUGUCUCUACUCCUGUCUACGACACGUGGCUUGUGAACCAAGGUCGCGAUGAAGAGGCUGUUGCCGUGCUUAGUAAGGUUCGCCGCCUCCCUGCGAACUCUGACAUCGUCCAAAUCGAGUUCUUAGAAAUCAAGGCUCAAUACCUCUUUGAAAAGGAAGUAAAUGCUUUGCAGUUCCCUCAAUUCCAGGAUGGGUCGUUCUCGUCGAAUUUCAAGCUCGGUCUUCACGCCUAUAUGAGUCUAUUUACCUCACGCACUCUCUUUUACCGUGUCAUUGUUGGCUCAGGGACCAUGUUCUUCCAGCAAUGGACAGGCGUUAACGCCAUCUUGUACUAUGCGCCCAGCAUCUUUGGUGACCUGGGCUUGACGGGUAACGCAACUAGCCUUCUUGCUACGGGUGUUGUCGGCAUUGUCAUGUUCCUUGCUACUAUCCCCGCCGUUAUAUGGAUCGAUAAGGUCGGCCGUAAGCCGGUCUUGAUCUCCGGUGCUCUCAUCAUGGCCGCGUGCCAUCUCGUUGUUGCAGUACUGACCGCGUUGUACCACGAUUCUUGGGCAUCGCACGCUACCGCUGGUUGGGUGGCUUGCGCUUGCGUCUGGGUCUUUUCCGUCGCCUUUGGUUACAGUUGGGGUCCGUGCAGCUGGAUCCUCGUUGCUGAGGUUUGGCCCCUGAGUAUACGUGGCAAGGGUGUUUCUAUUGCCGCAUCGUCCAAUUGGAUGAACAAUUUCAUUGUCGGCCAAGUAACGCCAUCAAUGCUAACUCAUAUCGGCUUUGGAACGUUUGUGUUCUUCGGCUCGUUCGCCUUCGCCGGCGCCUUUUUCAUCAUGUUCUUUGUACCUGAGACCAAGGGCCUCACGUUGGAAGAAAUGGACGACGUGUUUGGAGACCGUGAAGGUCUUGCUGUUGCGGAUCAACAACGCCAGAACGCUAUCGCUGACCGCAUUGGCUUGACCGCAUUUGGCCGGGGCCAGCCCGCAUCUGACAUCGAAAAGAGCAGCCACGAGCUCUUUCACGAUGAGGGAAAGGCUUAAUAAUGUCUUGCACACAUGUUUCUAUGUUCUCCGAAAUAUCUGAUACACUGUAUUAUAUUGUUCCGCAAUCACCCUAGUGGUGAACAUGGCGAUGGAAUAGUAGAUUGAAUUAUAAUCUCGUUGAGCAUUCCUAAGCAUCCCUUAGUCGUUGCAAUGAUGCCGUGUCUCGUAGCGAAGUGAGAUACCUGGUGUCCGCAAGGCCAACCGUGCUCCUUUGAGAAGUUGAACAUCCAAAAACAUCCCCAUUUCGUAAUCUUUCCGUCGAUGUUAAGUUUUAACGUUCUGGGGAGCCCCAGUAGAUCUCUAGGGCUACCCUGGGGUAUUUGGAUCCAUUGCCUGGCGAUUCCCCG